CCGGUGGGCGGCUCCUCCGCCGGCAGAAAAAGGAAAGCCCACCUUUUUUCAUUGUUAAGGACGCGGUGGAAUGUGAUGGUUUGAUCUAAAGCGGACCAGGGAGGGGGGAAAUAUCCGAGAGGAAAAAAAGGACCAACGAAAAGGGAUUCAAGAAAAGAGGGAAACAAAAAAAUAAUAAUAAUUAAACCAGCCAAGUCCCAGUCAAACUCUCUGGUCUCGUCCUGCUCGCACCGCAUGAGCGCGACCCCGGGCAAAGUUUGUGGAUUAACGGCGGCUGCGGACCCGCCGGUGGAGCCGCUCAGGAUGGCGAGUUUGUGGAGAACAAAUUAACCAGCUUUGGACAAAAAGAUAAUCUAUAAUAAAAUGACAGAUUUGUCUGCUAAACACCACUCAGAGGAAUCUUUGAAGUCUUAAGAAAGACAGUUGAAGAGGCACAACAAGAGAGGCUGCCAGUGUUUCCUCAGAGGACUUUAAGAUUUGCUGUCACUGCCACACAGAUGUGGAAUCCCCGACACUCUGUCAUCAAAUAAUCCGGACGACUAAACAAACCCAACCACCGCAUUACGAAAAAAAACUUUGCAGCCAUGUCUGAUCACAAAGACAUGACUCAUCGCCACUUAAAGCAUAAGCUUCAGAGUCUCGGCCGAAGACUGGAUGAGCUGGAAGAAGCGACCAACAAGCUGCAGAAGUCAGAGGAUGAGCUGCUUGAUCUCCAGGAUAAGAUCAUCCAGGUGGAGGGCAGCAACUCAUCACUCCUCGGCGAUGUAGAGGCCCUGAGGAAGCGUCUCCUGAAAAUCCAGGGUAAAGAUGAGGAGGUACGCAAAGCUGAGGACCUGUGCCGCACAGUUAGAGAAAAACUGGAAGAGGAGGAAAGCCUGACAAAGGAACUGAAGGGGGAGAUCGAGCGUCUUCAGCGGAGGAUGGCUGAACUGGAAAAACUGGAGGAAGCCUUCGCUAAAAGCAAGUCUGACUGCAGCCAACUCUGCCUUAGCCUCAAUGAGGAGAAGAACUUGACUAUGAAGCUCUCAACUGAGUUGGAAACCCUCAAAGCGCGUUUGAAGGAGAUAGAGGGGUCUGAGACGAAGCUGGACAAGGCAGAGCAGGCUCUGGCUAUGGAGCUCGAGAAACUCAAAGGAUUCACUCAGGCCUUUGUGAGUGAGCGCAAGAGGUUGUUGGAGAAGCAGAGGGAGGACGAGAUAAUCAUUCUGAAGCUGAAAGAGAAAUUGGACCACCAGAAAGAUCGCCUUGGCAUGUCGACGGACCCUGGCCGCGCAGAUUUAAUUCGGUCAAGAAUUGAAGAUGAGCUGUCGUCCACGGGACUCUACACAAGCAAGCUAACGGGGCGCAAGAAGAGCCUCGAAUACUUAAAGUUGAGUGAAGAUGACAUUGGUAUCGUCAACAAAUCUGAAAAUGAGAAGAACAGUGGUCUUGAAGGCUUGCAAGAGGACAACAAAGUAAAGGAGCUGACGCAGGAAGUAGAGAGGCUGAAGAACCGCCUGAAACAACUGGAGAUAGUGGAGGACGACCUGAAGAACUCCGAGUCCAAAAACGGUGAACUUCACGAGAAGUUUCAGAAAGAACGAACCCGAGCUCGCUACCUGAGCGAGCAAGUGGAACAGCUAAGGAUGCAGCUGUGUGGAAAAGGGGCACCUGGAGGAAAUGGAGUAAGCAAGAUGGAUAAACACGGUAACGGAAGCGCUAACAUUUGUCCCAACAGCCCCGCCAAGGUCCUGGAGAACGGCAAAGCUGAGAGCGAGGAGAUCUCUGGGAAGGGAGGUUUCAGACAAGAGAAACCGAAAUAUAGAAGUUCUGCAGCCGUUUCCGAACCGAGCUCCCCAAAACACAAGAACAGGGAGCACUCCCCUCAGCAUAGGAGAGAAACCAAACUGCGGAGCAAGGAGCUCAGCCACUCCGAGGAGAGUUCUCCAAAGUCUUCGAGGAGAGCCCUCAGUCCCGCUCAAAGGAACAGAAGGACGCCCAAAUCCCAAACUCCGUUGAAUUCAUCCGAUAACGGGAUACGAGAAACGACACGAGUUGCUGAGGAAAAGACGAGAGGAACCACUUACAACUCUAUAAAUCCAAGUUCCAGCGAGGUUAAAAAAGUGUCUGUUCUUAGUCGCUACCCUCCAGCAGCUAAUGACCAGAAGCCACUGAGGACAGCACUUAAGCAGAAUGAUGGGGAGAUUAAAAAGAGCAGAGAGAAGUUUUCAAAGCUCUAUGUAGGUAGUGACAGCGAAUCAAACAGCUCCGAUGUCGUCAUUGACGCGUCCAGUAACAUGAACAGUAUCUCUGAACUUGAGAAGGAAACGGCUUCUGCCUCCGAUCAGGAAUUGGUUGAACAAGUUCAGGAAUCUGUUUCGGUCUCUCUGGCAUCCAGCCUUUCCAAAGCCAACGGAUCGUACACGGCCUACAGAUCUCACAUCACUCCACCGCUGCCCAAUGACCAGGGGUCAGAGGGUCAUUCCUCCGCCUCUGAAACAGAAUCCACUAACUCAAGGCCCUCUGAACCAGAAGCUGUAACUGAGACCAGUACGACUGCGAGCAGUAAGAAUGCAGCCCCCAAGAACCCCAGAUAUCCUCAUGUCCGUGACUCUCAUUCAGAGGGUUCUUCGUCCAGGAGCUCGUUUGACGAGGAGCUGCACCCCAGGGCUCAGUUAUCUGAGGGGGCACACCACGGGCCCUUGGAUACUCCGUCAGCUAUAGAGAUCAAGCGAAUGUGCAGUCCACGUGAAGCACUGAGGUCUAAAGCUGUCAUCAAGCCCGCCAUUGUUGAAUUUGACAGGAAGGAAGUGAUGAGUUCUGAACCUUUGUCUUCAAAUGGCAAACCCAAGAUCUCCAGCAAACCCGUAGUGACGACCGCUAAUAUAAUGACCAGUAGUAUAACCAUCUACCCCAAUGACCCGAGCUCCUCCAGGACCAGCAGCCGCAGCAGCAGCGUGUCCUCUGAGCCCAUUAAGGAGCGCCACACAUCCACCAGUAACAUCCUCAUAGGCCCCAGCAGUGACCACCAUGGCAGUAUUUCCGUCCCAUACGAAAUCUCCAUACCCAAGAGUGAGAUCACGUUGCGGCCGUGCCAGGACCAGGACUGUGGAGCACAGAACCACAGUGAUGCCUCAUCCAGGUCCAAACUCCACAACACCUCCAGGAUGGAGACCACCACCAGCCACCUGUCCUGCCAGCGUAGCAACUUCACCCUCCAGUCCACAGACGGCACCUCCUCGGACUUCAAUGAUACAGAAUCCGGAUUCGAGAGCAGCAGCAGCAGCAGCACGACUACGGUCACCAGCUGGAGAAGCCAAAGACAAGGCCAGCACUCCCAAGAAGACAGUUUACCAGACGUUAAGAAUGUGACUGUCCGAAGCACUUGGAGGAAUAAAGGUGCCGUGUCGGUGGACGAGACGGUUCAAGGACAAGGCUGCACAAGGCCGGUGACGGACGCUGGGUCCGAAGAUGAGCUGGAGGCCCGGACAACAUGGAGGGCAUAUCGUGCAACCACCUUUGACAUGGACGAAACCACAAACAGCGGAGCAGCAGCUGCUGGGAGCGUAGCAGCACAAAAGGGAACCAAACCGUCCCCUGCAGAGGUGUACAUGCGUAGAAUCAACAGUGCUGUUAUGAGCACUAAAGAAGCCGAGGAACCGGUGCUCCGCCGAGGGAGGCGCUCUCAGUCCCCCAGUGUGGAAACUGGAGAGUUUGGAAGGACCGUUCCCCACGCACCCGUCACCUCUCAGUCCUGGAACCGGUCGUACCCGCACCAACCAACGGCCACAGAGAACCUAGAACCUGGUCCAAAUCCUAGCCGCAGCCCGGCCUCCUGGAGGCGGCAGCUGCCUGCCGGCGACCCGCAGCCCCUGGGGAGCUCUUACGACCGGCCGUCCAAGACGGCGGGAGCCUCCUCCAGAGGAGGAGACCAGUGGUCCAGUAGAUGGCAGGGGUCGGGGCCCCGAGCCGAGGGCAGGAGCGGGGCAGGAAGCAGGCCGUGGAACCAACGUCAGCAAGAACAUCAUUAGGCCGGCCCAGUCUGACCAGGACUUCUGUAACAGGAGAUCAGUACUCUAAAAAGCUCUCAGUGGCACAAGAAGGAGCAAACACCAGUCCUCCAUCAACUAAUGGCCACAUGUAAAAACCACCAUCUGCAACAUCUGCUGCUUUCUGCAACAAGAGAAAGAAAAGAAACGGCACUGGGAGCCUUUUUGAGAAAUAAAACAAACCACCGACCUGAUCCCGAGCGUCCACUGAGAUGUUGGAGAGCCACAGUUUCUGCAGCGUUUCAGAAGUCACCCGGCCCAUGCUUCCUCUUCUGCUUCUCGUGCUGGAUGUAUCAUAGCGUAACCCCGAAACUUGACAAGGGAGAGGCUGGCAUGCUGGGGAGUGCUGGAGAGUUUCCUGGGUGCCAGAGGUUUUUACAGAGGGUUGUAGGAUAAGAGACUCGCGACAUGCGAGGACACCUUUCUCAGAGGAUCCUCACAGUAACCUCAGUGGGGACGGAUUUGUUGCUUUUGCUUCACAAUUUCAACCAUUCUCAUGUUUCAGUUAUUAGCCGUACUGUGUUAACGAUGCAUCUGUAUCUCACAUUGCUGGAUCUUCACCACCGAACCAAAAGAUCUCUCUAGAUGUGACCAAAAACAGGAAGCGAAUUACUCUCUCGUCACUUUUAUCAUCCUGAACUUGUAUUAGUCUGAAAGGCCGUACACUCGUUUUGUUUUUCUCACGCAUAUUUACAGCAACCACACAAAAAUAUGUACAAGCAGGAGGCAGACACGUGCAGGAUUUAACCCAGGGGUUAUUUUUAACCCCGGUCGCCAAUUUUCGGGCAUAUGAUAACCUCUAAAUGAAUUUAAUUAGGGAUCUUGAAUGUUGAGCGACCAUUUGCAUGUUUCUGAGUAAUAAAUGAAAAGCACUUGAAAGGUUGUGUCUCUGCAUGCACACACGCAGGAUGGAAAAAAAGCUGGUUUUCCACACUUUUAAGAGUACACGCAGCGUUUCUGAUCAAACCGGGACCUUGUUCAUGUUUUUUAUUUUGAUUCUCUGUAAUUCGCUUCCUGUUCUGCAUCAUUCUUUCCCUGUUUUUCUUCCUCAACUGUGUCAAGUAAAAAGAAUGCAGACUGCACGCGAUGAAAUGCAAUGCACAUGUAGAAAAAUAUAGGGGGGUGGGAGGGGAGGGGGGGUGUUUAUAACCUCAAACCGUGAUACAGUUUCUGUGGUGCUUUAUUUUGCAGCUGUUGCGAUUGUCCUCAUUCGUGUUUUCUGGAAGAGCCAUAGUGAAUCAGAGUUUGUGUCCAAACUGAACAAUGGACUUUGGAUUACCAGCAAACCCGGCGUGACGGGGUGGACUUUUUUUUUUUUUUUUUGUCUGUUUUCCAGCGCUCCCGUAAAUGCUGUGUAUUCGCAGGAAAGACCCCCCCACCCCCUGACUAGGGUUGGACCUCUACCAAGGAAGUGACAGUCCAGCUUGUAUGUGACUGGAUUCGCCGUGCGAAUCGUCCCAGGUUCUCUCUCUCUCUUUUUUUUUUUUUUUUCCUUCUAAACUUUGUUACGUCAUAAAACAUCAACUUGUGGUUGACCACAAGGUGGAAGGGGAGGGGGGGGCUGCAGCAUUUAGAGUGUCCUAAAACAGAUUUAGCCGCCAGCCAGUAACAGGAGGAGGUCUCUUCAUCGAGGGAAAUGGCACGAGUCUCGCCAAUAUUUUCAAACUUUACUGUAACAUCUGUCUAAAGGCUCCUGCUGGAUUCUCAAACUGUCACACAUGAGUCUGAUAACCAAGCGGCAGGUGGCGUAAACCGUGGCCCCAGGACGAAAGGUCCGUUGGGAAAGAACCCAUACAAGAUUGACUGUUAACGGGUGCAUUUUCAUAUAUAUAUAUAACAUGUUUGGGAUCUGCUGAAGAACACGAGGACUUCUGAAAACCAGCUCUCCGUCUGCUUCUUGGGUGUGCUGAGGUUGAUCUGGUUCAUCUCUCUCCACCUGCGUUCUGCCCGCUGCUAUUUCUCUGUAACCUUGUAGUCUCCAUGUCUGCAGCAGAGGUCUGCCUGGUGGUCCGAGCUCCGCCUGCUGCCAGUUUGGCACUUUAAUGUUUAUGCAAACAGGAGAUUAUAUGCAAUCAAGCUGCAUCCCCAAUGCAAUGUCUGUAAGCGUGCCAGUCGCCGUGCUGUAGAUGCGGGUAAGAAGAGAUGACCGUGUGACUGUGUGAAGUUUGUCAGACCCAAAAUCAAAAGUCAUAUCAGAUCGGAACCCACACUCCUGCUGUUUAUUUUAACGAUAUAUAUACCCUUUUUUAGAAAUAUCUACGCUAUCUUCAUCUGUGCCUUGAUUAUGAUAAGAAGUGGAUUGUUGGACAAAAAAAAUGUUUAAAAAAACAAAAGAAAAAAGUUCAGACAUACGUCAGCCGUUUAUAAAAUGACAUGCAAUACUGAUUGUAAGGUUUUGUUUCUGCUUUUAGUUUGGAGCAUUGCUGUGAGCAACGUUGUAAACGGAUCUUUGGGAUGUCUAAACAGGCUUCCCUGAGUUUUUUCUUUCCUUACUUAUCCACUAAAGUAUGUUUUCAAGAAUAUACACCACACCACCCCUUCAAAAAAGCCGCCCUCUCGAUUGAAUUGUAGGACUCAGACUUGCAGCGUGGUGCU